CACACACACACACACACAACCUCACCAUCACAACAACCACCACCACCCAAAAGCCAUCACCGUCGCUGUCUUCACACUCAACUCUCUUCAUUCCCUCCUCUAUACCUCUCUAUCGCUCUCGUCUUCAUGUGUCGACCUUCUCGCUCUCUCCACUACCGCUGCCACUCUGCUCUUCUAGACACGCCUCGUCCUGUAUGACCAUGCCGCCUCCUCCACCUUCCGUAGCCUCAUCCAGCCACGCUUCUAUCUUUACAAGUCUGGCUGCCCACAUACGCGGCUCAAUCAUCAUCACUCCAUGGCUGCUCUAUCUGCUUGCUGCUGAUGUCGCCUUGUCUCUGCUGCUGCCUGUCAAGCUCGUCCUCCCCACUCCCACUUAUCACCUGUGCUCCCUUAUAGCCGGCUCCGUCUGGGCUUGGAUCCAGCACAUCUUCGUAGACUACAACAACGCCAACAUCAUUGUCGAGUCCAAUACCGACGGUGCUACCAUCCCGUUCCGAGAAUCUGCCAUUGUCGUUGCCAAUCAUGUCUCGUGGACUGACUUCUACCUCAUCCAAGACCUGGCUCAACGCGCCGGCAUGCUGAGCCGAUGCAGGUGGUUUGCUAAGAAGUCACUCAGAUGGGUGCCUUUUCUCGGCUGGGGGCUCUGGGCUAUGGGUAUGCCUCUUGUGAGUAGGAAAUGGACCUCUGACCGUCGUGAGCUGAACAAGGUCUUUGAUGGAAUCGUGCAACGGAAGUGGCCAGUGUGGCUCAUCUCCUACAGCGAGGGCACCCGCUUCACUCGGCGUAAGCAUGCCUCCACCCUAUCCUUCUGCGAGUCCCGGAACCUGCCCAUCCCAAAGCAUACACUCUGGCCGAGAACCCGAGGCUUCGUGUCCACCGUCCAGGCUCUGCGCAAGACCUCGCAUGUUCGCGCCGUCUACGACAUGACCCUCGCCUACUCCUCACAAGGCUCCUUCAUGACCGCCCCUAGCUUCUGGGCAACCAUUGCUGCCCCGCUCAACGGAAUUCGCGGUGAUCUGUCCCGAGCAGGGCAUCGCUUCUUUGUACGACUCGACAGAUUCGACCUCGACGACCUUCCCGAGUCGGACGAAGAGCUCGGGCUGUGGCUCGAGAGUCGCUGGCUCGCCAAGGACAGGAAACUACAAGAGCUUGAAAGGAUGUGGGAGCUUGAUUGA